AUGCUGCCUAUAUCUCGGAUACGCCGCUGGCAACUCGCGGGCCUUCACCGCGCCAAUGGCCUGGACUCGAGCUUGUCGCGGGUGUUCAUCGCCGCACCCCCCAACCGCCGGCCGUUCAGCGAGUCGAGACGGUGUGGCAGCAAGAUCGGGAGGGCUCCCAUUGCGGUGCCGCCGGGUGUCGAGAUCACGCUUCUGGAGCCCCGCAGCACAGGCAGGAACAGGGCAGGCGCGAGAGUGGAUGUCUCGAUGGCGAAGGUGCAUGUGAAAGGGCCCUUGGGAGAGACGUUCAUGGAUAUCCCGCCGUAUCUCAAGGUCUCUAGAGAUGGAGACAUGGGCCCCGUGUCUCUAAGCGUGCAAGACGCCAGCGUCAGACACCAACGCGCAAUGUGGGGAACGCUUCGAGCGGACCUCAACAACCACAUCACCGGCGUCUCCGAGGGCCACAUCGCCAUCCUCCGCCUUGUUGGUGUCGGCUACCGUGCCACCAUCGAGCCGACUGCUAAGACCAAGGAGCCUGCCUAUCCUGGCCAACAAUUUGUCAAUCUCAAACUAGGUUACUCGCAUCCAAUCGAACUGGGCAUUCCCAAGGGUGUCAAGGCAAGCACGCCGCAGCCGACGAGAAUUCUGCUUGAGGGCGUAGACAAGCACGUGGUCAAGCAGUUCGCAGCACACAUUCGAGCGUGGAGGGUGCCAGAGCCGUACAAAGGGAAAGGCAUCUUUGUGGAUGAUGAAACGAUCAAGUUGAAGAACAAGAAGAUCAAAUAG